AUGGACGUUCCAUCCUCGACCUCCAAGGUCACGGUAACGUACACUCCCGAGAUUGAAGUCAUUUAUACCCGAAACCGUCAUCUGACCUAGUUGCACAGCUACUGGGACCCCUCCGGGCUUUUCCCGCUCAUUCAGUCAGACCUGCGCUCCCGUUUACCCCUUCGCAACCUUCACUGGAAAGCUCCAGCACGACCGCUACGUUCCAUAAAUUCCCUCCAUGUUGAACUAACUCCUUACCUCUCGCCUGCUAGCCAAGCCUCCGGGCUCGCUGGGGUGGGUCUUACUAGGGUUAAGAGCACUGAUUCCCAGCGGUCGAUCGAGACGGUCCGAGGGACUAAGAGCGCCGGACAUCAGAAGGAGCGAAGGCACCAGAUUCCCGGAUUACGGAAUACCCCCUAUCUAAAGGUUUUCCUGCUACGGUGUGAUGAUAAUGAUAGCUACAAGAACGCAGCUAGGAGGGCGCUACGGGAGUGGGUCUCGGAGUAUACGACCAGUGCGUCGAAUGAGAACAAACAACAUGAUGCUUUCGAAUGGCUAAUCAUCCAUGUGGUUCUCCCUGGAACUCCGGCAGCGCAACAGCCUAGGUCAUCCUCUUCUGCUUCAAAUGCUUCUGGGAGCUCGCGGUGGAUGAAAGGGAACACGACUUUGCUGGACAAGAUUCGCAGUGAUUUCAAUUCCGGGAAUAACAAAAAGGAUAGGGUUGUUCAGAUACGCAUUGGCCCUAGUCAUCCGGCAUUGGCUACCCUGAGUCCCCCGGUUCUAGUUGGGAACCAAAUCGUGCCUGCCACGGAAAGUCCCACGGAGAGUGAGAUGGCGUGGUUGGAACUCAUUGCCAAAUUCAAGACUCAGAUAUUGGCUAGUUUUGAUGCAAGAGUCAGCCAGUAUGAGGAGGAUAUUAAGGAGAAGGAUAGACAGCGGAGGCUGCCGGGGUGGAACUUUUGCACGUUUUUCGUCCUUAAGGAAGGCCUUGCAAGGGCAUUUGAAUCCGUCGGGCUUGUUGAAGAUGCUUUGGUUCUCUACGAUGAAUUGGGUUUUGGAUUGGAUGCUGCUGUUCGGGGCCAACGAGAUAAAGAGAAAAUCGAGGGGGAUCCCGAAGGUCUGGUUGGAGGAAACUUUGUUGGUUGGACAAAAGAGAGCAUUAAGUGGAUUGAACAAGCGAGGAGGCGACGGAAGGCUCGAUUGGAAGGAAGGGAGGGUGAAGAGCAGGAAGAUGUAGAUGACGAGACACCCGUGGGCUCCGAAAAGAAACCUUAUCGAGAACUGAUUCUGUCGAACGAAAUAUCCCUAUUUGACUUUAAGGCAUAUCUAUUUGCACGGCAAUCUACACUAUUACUUCGCCUAGGGAAGGGCAACGGGAUGGAUGGUGUGGAGGUACCGAUACCUACUGGUGCGAGCGGAUAUUCUUUACAUGAGGCAGCAGCAGUAGCAGCAGGAAAGCCCGAAGAGGAUCUCACUAGAUUGUCUGAAGUUCUUAAGCGUGGGGUGGAAUUCGUCACGAGUGUGGGUCGUAUCCUAAGGGCGGAUCUUUGGACUUCUUACCAUUCUUCGACUGAAGGUGAAAGGGACAAAGAGCAGGAGGAAAAGGAUGUCACCUGGAUCAUUGAUAACAUCGUAUCUUCUUGGGUCUUUGCUGUUUGUCAACAGCUACUCAAGCAAACUGCAUCCGCAUCGCUCCCCGAGGCUCCCAACACCUCCAACCCUGUUACAACCGCACGUUCAGGUCCGUUUCCGAAAAGAAGUAGCAGUCUUCCACCAACUCCGAACCCAGAAACCACUAGCUUCACACAAACCAUUCAGACAUCUGUCACAGGGCUGGAGGACUUUGCUGCACUAAGGGCAGACUUGAUGCUACUGGCCAGGGGGAUUGUCGAGACCUUUGGAAAGCAGCAGGGAUGGGUAGGGAAAAUGGGGUGGUUUUAUCUUCCCGAAGAACACGUUAAGGAUGUGGGCAUGGUGGAAGUUGGUUUAGAAGGUGAAGGUGAUAAGGAGGCUGCUGAAAAGAAGGAAGAGCUUUGGGGUGUUGAAGGAAUUCGAAAUGCAACUUUGAGAAGAGUUGUUGAGAAAGAGGAAGAGGAGGAGUUUUAUACAAUUUUCGAGGAAUUAAGUGAGAAGGCUAUGAAGAACUAUAAUAUUGCCAAAAGGACCAAGAGUUGCGAGCGGGUUGAGGCUGACUUGGCUGCACUAAGCUUGUAAGGGUUCCUGUCACCGACUGUGAAUACAAAUGAUGACUAACGUAUUGACGUGAUCAAAGCCAUCUAAAAGAUUACGCCUCCUCCGUCAAGCACCUUGAGAAAAUGACAAAGUUCUACGCCGACCAAGGGUGGGGCUUGAUUGAGACAACGCUUUUGGGAAUGUACGCCAAGUGCUUGAAAGAGAUGAACAGAUCAGAGGAUUAUAUUAAAGUGCUUUUGAAGCUGCUUGCGAAAAGUUCCGCAGCAGAAAGAGUCCGUCUACGCCGAAGAGGUGUAACGGCGCUUGACGAUGACGACAAACCUGCGCCGGUUGACACCUUGCUCGAUACUCAACAUCUUGAGGAAGAAGUGGGCGUGGAUGGCUGUAUUGAAAGGAUCGUCACUUUGUCAGUGGAUAUUGGAGAGGAGAUCACAACACCAAUGUCUCAUUUCUGGGACAACAUCUCUGUCAACCCGUAUCCGAGGCAUAUAGAUGAUAGGGAUGGUUUCGAGGUCCUGGUCAAGAUGCGCUACCUUCUUGAGGAAGAAAUGGAGGUUCAAAAGCUUAGGGUCAGGAUCGUCAAUACCAUCGGGCAGGUGAAGGAAGUAUGGAUGGACACUCUAGAGCCAGUCACCAUGAAGAGGGGCGUUGUCAAGGCUUUCGCAAGAAGCAACAUAACGAUUCCCGGAAGCUAUAUUGUGGACAAAAUCAUCUUGAUAGCCAACAAGCUUCACUUUGUUCACGAACUUAUAACAAAAUCCGCUCCGAAUACUGCUCUCGGAUUAGGAUCCACGCCAGUUGCUACAGUGCCCACGGUCAAGAAGAUGAAGCUGUCGUUCUACCCAGCGCCUAGGAGUUUAGUGGUUAGACUGGAGGUACCAAAGUGGAUACACCUAGAACAUAUGAAAGCAAUCGAACUUGUGCUUGAUCCCGGUAAGAACGAUGUAACUACGGGUGAGAUUCGGCUUCGAUCAGCAACUGCUGGGUUAAGGCUUGUGACGGCAAGUGCGAGAUUCCUCGAAGGAUCGGAUUUUGCUUCUACGGGAGAUAAGCCUGGAGUUUUUACCCUCAAGGAUUUAACCCCGGAGAAGAAAGUGCGAUUCAGAAUACCGUAUACUAGCGAAAACGAGUUGACGGAAUUAGCUAUCAAGGUGGAAGUUGACUACGAUACUAAUAACGGAAGCUUCUUUUACGCUGAUGGGUUGAGUGUUCCUGUAGUCUUACCCCUCGCUGUCAAUGUCCAGGAUGUGUUCAAGCCAAAUGCGUUGUUUUCCAGAUUUCAGGUAUCAACGGCUAUUCCCGAUAUCCCCUUGCGGAUUUUGAAGGCGAGCUUGGAGGGUUCAAGGACUUUUGGGGCUUGUAGCGGCAUCGGGACUGAGGGAUCUAUGGUAUCGUCCCUACUGCGAAUAUUUCGGGGUGUGUGCUAAAUACUUGGCAGGUGGUUUUUUCCAAACAGCCGGCUUCAUUUGUGUACAAAAUCACCCGGAAAACAGGAGACGGCGUGCCCAAAGACAAGGAACCACAGCCUCUAGCGCUGACAAUUGAAUAUAGAAGCCUUGAUGAUGGUAUUUUCUGUUAGCCGUGGCCAUAUGAUCUACCCAAACUCUGCUAACACCCAACAGAGGUCCAAGACUUGGCCGUGGCGGCCUUUAGUUCCCAACUUAAGGAGGCUGGACUUGACCUUUACACCCGCUGGCUAGUGCCCGUGCUGAUCACCAGACUACGCCGUAGAACGGCGCACGACUUGGAAGCUGUAGGACUACUAAAUGAAGUAAGAUUAGGCAAAUAUGACAAUCAUAACUGGGCUGAAGCUCUGGAAUCAAUCAACCCCGCCAAUGGCGCACGGGAAAGGGUCGAAACCUGGCUUAAGGGAUUCUACGAGGUACUCCCCACAAGCCAUCAUUCCAUGGAAACGCUCAUCAGCCUAACCUCAUAGAAAAACUCCAUAAUAAAACUCGGCCCCGGAACCUCUCCCGCAAAUCCCGUCCUAACCACUCGCUCGAUAACAAUCCCUGUCGAUGUACCCCAGCUACAAGUAAUCCACACAGUAGACAUCCGUAUCCUCUCCGAUACCGACUCCGCCACUCUCUCCUCCCCAUACGCGCCGCCAAUGGUAACUGUUGGGCAAGCUAUUCCCGCGGAGCUAACAAUCCGCCACUCCCGCAGCUGGAACUCCUUAGAUGCCAAAAAUGGCGAAGUUGAGAUCGGCGACGACGACGAGCUAGAAUUCUUUUAUGAGAUCCAACAUUCCCUCGAGGUAUGGUUGGUGUCGGGCAGGAAGAGAGCACACUUCUCGGCGAAGGAAGAGCAGAUCCAUAAAUUUCCAAUUUUGCUGGUCCCGUUGAAGGCGGGGAAUUUGUUAUUGCCGAAUGUAGAGGUCAAGCAGGUUCUCCCGAUAGAGCAUGGGGGAGAGGGCGCUAGCUGUGAGACGGAUUACAGAAGCAAUGGGGAGAGCGUGCUGGUUUUGCCGGAUGUUAGGAGUACCACCGUUAGGAUCGACUCGCCGUUUGGGGAGGACGGGUUCACGAGUCCGGCCUCUGUGAUGUAGAGGAGGGGAAGGAGUUUUAGUACAUGCAUUAAAUAGAUGUGAUGUUGGCAUGAUACCUACGAAUUGGAAAUUUCUUUUUACUGGAACUUUUCUGUCGGUUAGUCGCGAUUUUUGUCCGCGUAUGGGGUCAAUUAGAGAUUGGGAUGCUUUCAGGUAAUUGCGAGGUUUACUCCC